GAAAUGAUGUCAAUGGAUAUAUCUGACAGUGCUCAGAUCUAUGCUGCCUUUGUGGUAUACCUGGACCUCUUAGAAGGGAGAAACUGGCAUGAAGUGAAGCACGUCGGAGUAGCAGAACUGCAGCUCAUAUGUUUACACGCACGUGAAAGAGAACAGGACGGUCUCCAGGUGAUGGUGCCGGUACCUGUGCACAUAUCAUUAAGCCAUGAGAG